ACAUCUUUACGCACAAGAUGUCUGGUUUCAAGAGCCUGGCCCUGUUGCUGGCGGCUCAGCUCGCCAAUGCCCAAGGCAGCUACCCGGUUCCUCCUGUUCCAGGUCUUCCUCUGCGCAGUNUCCCUGGCACCAACUAUCCUGGAUCCGAAGUUACCUAUGCUGUAGCUGGCGCUCAAUUCAACGAGACCUCUCCUCCCUACUAUCCAUCUCCUUGGGGAACUGGUGCUGGUGAAUGGGCAGAUGCAUAUGAGAAGGCUAUUGCUUUUGUGUCCCAGUUGACACUUGCUGAGAAGGUCAAUUUGACUACUGUUNGGGAGUCCGAAAAAUGUGUUGGUAACAUUGGUUCUAUCCCCCGUUUGGGCUUCAAAUCCCUUUGUCUGCAGGAUUCGCCUUUGGGUNGUGAUUUCGUCUCUGCCUUCUCCGCCGGCGUUUCCGUUGCCGCGACCUGGGACAGAUCACUUGCCUACACACGCGGCAAUGACAUGGGCAGUGAGCACCGCGACAAGGGUGUAGAUGUCAUGCUCGGACCUGUCGUGGGCCCUCUUGGCCGUAGUCCCGAAGNNGGGGGCCGCAACUGGGAAGGCUUCAGCCCUGACCCUGUUCUCUCUGGUAUCUUGGUCGCCGAGACCGUCAAAGGUAUCCAAGAUGCUGGUGUCAUUGCUUGCACCAAGCACUACAUCCUCAACGAGCAGGAGCACUUCAGACAAGGUGGUCCCAAUAUCUCUGACGCUGUCUCUGCUAAUGUUGACGAUAUCACUCUGCACGAGCUCUACGUCUGGCCCUUCGCUGAUGCCGUCCGUGCUGGUACUGGAAGUGUUAUGUGCUCGUACAACCAGGCUAACAACAGCUACGCCAUCCUCAAGUCUGAGCUCGGUUUCCAGGGGUUCGUAGUGAGUGACUGGUCUGGGCAACACUCUGGUGUCUCGAGUGCUCUUGCGGGCCUUGACAUGACCAUGCCCGGAGAUGUUGGCUUCGAUAGCGGAACCUCAUUCUGGGGCGCCAACCUCACCAUCGCCGUACUCAACGGCACCGUCCCUCAGUACAGAAUCGACGACAUGGCUGUCCGUAUCGUUGCCGCAUGGUACCUCGUUGACAGAGAGGGCCACCAAGUCGAGAAUGCCCCUAACUUCUCUUCAUGGACCACAAGAACUUUUGGAUACAGACAUUACAUUGCUGAGGAGGGUUAUGAACAGAUCAACUAUCAUGUCGAUGUUCAAGGAAACCACCGCGAUAACAUCCGCGAGGUCGCUGCAAAGGGUACUGUCUUGUUGAAGAACAAGGGAGGUGCUCUGCCACUCAGCGGUAACGAGCAACUUGUUGGUGUCUUCGGUGAAGACGCUGCCGACAACCAAUACGGCCCUAAUGGUUGUAGCGAUAGAGGAUGCGACAAUGGAACCCUCGCAAUGGGUUGGGGUAGUGGUACCGCCAACUUCCCUUACUUGGUUGCACCUCACACAGCCAUUGAGAACGAGGUUCGCUCUCACGGCAAGUCCGUCGAGAGUGUUCUUGACCGUGCCGCCUACAGUCAGAUCGACCUUCUCGCUCAACGUGCUGAUGAAGUCAACGGUGCUUGUAUCGUGUUCGCAAAUGCAGAUGCUGGUGAAGGCUACAUUAUCGUAUGUUGUUCUCGAGCUGAUGUGGCAAGUACAAAACUGACAAAAACCAGGNUCGAUGGUAACCAAGGAGAUCGCAACAACCUUACUCUUUGGCAAGGUGGUGAGGCUGUCAUCCGCAACGUCUCAUCCUUGUGCAAGAACACCAUCGUCGUCCUUCACACUGNNUACGAACACGAGAACAUUACUGCCAUCCUCUGGGCAGGUGUUCCUGGACAAGAGUCAGGAAACGCUAUCGUCGAUGUUCUGUACGGCAAGGUCAAUCCCUCUGGCAAGCUCCCCUUCACCAUGGGUAAGACCCGUGAGUCUUAUGGCACCGAUCUCCUCUACGAACCCAACAACGGUGGCGCAGCUCCUCAGACUCAAUUCGAAGAGGGUGUCUUCAUCGAUUACAGAGCAUUCGACAGGAGAAACGAAACCCCUGUCUAUGAGUUCGGUUACGGUCUUUCGUACACCACUUUCAGUUACUCUGACCUUUCAGUCUCGGUCAACACCUCGGCUCCUGCCUAUGUCCCUACCACAGGCUACACCGAAGCUGCACCUGUCUACGGCACUAUCUCGAACAAUUCUGCCGACUACCUGUUCCCUGCUGACUNNUACCCCUACCUCAACUCUACCAACCUCCGUGCUUCGUCUGGAGACCCUCACUACGGUAGCAACUACAGCUUCCCUGCCGAUUCUUCUUCGAGCGCUCCUCAACCUCUUCUUCCCGCCUCAGGAGCUUCCGGUGGUAACCCCGGUCUCUAUGACAUUCUCUACACAGUCACCGCAACUGUCACCAACACUGGCUCAGUUGAGGGUGAAGAAGUUCCCCAGCUUUACAUAUCUCUUGGUGGUCCCAACGACCCACCUGUUGUCCUCCGUCAAUUCGACAAGUUCUCCAUCGCUCCUGGUGCCUCGAAAACUUUCACUGCCCAGAUCACACGCAGAGAUGUCAGCAACUGGAGCAACAUGCUUGAUGACUGGUACAUCAGUGACUACCCCAAGACCGUCUAUUCGACCUCGAAGUCUUCCUCGCACUCAUACUCUCACUCAUACUCCCACACCGCCAGCAAUGGUGGUCACAAUUCGUGGACUACCUACACUCAACCCACUGGCUACCACUCAUCUUGG